UACUGUAACUUUAACUAGUUAUGGCGGCCCCCACACAGUUGGCUUAUCGCACUUCCAAGGGCAUCGGGCUCUUCAAUGCCGCUCCCGUCUACGAGCCUCUGCCAGGAUUCCAGAAACCUGAGGGCAACCUGAGGUGCUGCUGCUACUCGCCCGACAGCAAGUAUUUUGCCUGGGCGUCACCCGAACAGGUUUCGGUCGUUGACGCCUCGCUCGGCCAUGUCAUUACUACGCUCCCCACCCCCAACGUCUUCGAGCUCGGUUUCUCACCCCUCGGCACAUACAUCAUCACGUGGCAGCGCCCCACCAAAGACGAAGAAGGCAAUGCGGUGAAGAACCUGAAGGUCUGGAGGACUGUGUCUGAAGCUGAAGAUGGCGGACACUCGCUGGUCGGCGAAUACGUGCAGAAGAACCAGACUGGCUGGAACCUGCAAUAUACGUCAGACGAGAAGUUUUGCGCGCGCACCGUGACCAACGAGGUGCAAUUCUACCAGUCGCACGAUCUGCGCACCGUUUGGAACAAGCUCCGCGUUGAAGGAGUGACGGACUUUGCCGUGUCGCCCGGAAACACUCACUCGGUGGCUGUUUUUGUCCCAGAGCGCAAGGGUAUGCCCGCUGCGGUCAAGGUCUUCCAGGUGCCUCAAUUCAACUCUGCCAUCUCACAGAAGACGUUUUACAAGGGCGACAAGGUCCAGCUAAAAUGGAACGAUCUUGGUACCAGCCUGAUUGUUCUUGCUCAGACCGAGGUCGACAAGACGAACAAGAGCUACUACGGCGAGACGAACAUGUACAUCCUGAGCGCCAACGGCUCGUUCGAUUCGCGCAUCACCCUGGACAAGGAGGGCCCGAUUCACGACGUCUCUUGGUCCCCGAACUCGAAAGAGUUUGGUGUCGUCUAUGGAUACAUGCCGGCGAAGACUACCAUUUUCAACGCCCGCGCUGUUCCACAGCACAAUUUCGAUCUGGGCCCGCGCAACACGAUCCUUUUCUCGCCCCACGGUCGCUACGUACUUGUUGCCGGUUUUGGUAACUUGGCUGGCGACAUGGACAUCUACGAUUUGGAGAAGAACUACCACAAGCUGUGCACCAUCAAGGCAUCCAACUGCACUUACUGCGAGUGGAGUCCCGAUGGCAAGCACAUUCUUUCGGCCAUCACCAGCCCGCGUCUCCGUGUGGACAAUGGUAUUCGCAUCUACCAUAUUGGUGGACAGCUAAUGUACAACGAGGAGAUGACAGAGAUGUACCACGUUACCUGGCGCCCACAGUCUCCCUCGGUCCAUCCUCUGGGCAAUCCGCUGAACCCCAUGCCGACUCCUCACCCAUCGGCUCUCGCGUUCUUGAGCACUCAGAAAACGCCCUCGAAGCCCGCUGGUGCGUACCGACCUCCCGGCGCACGCGGCACCACUACACCGCUGUUGUUCAAACGUGAAGACGAGGGCGGCGCAGCUUACAGCAACACGGGCAUUUCGUCUACGAACGUAGGCUUCCAGAACGGAUUCGGCAAGCCCCGCCGUCGCGAAGUUCCCGGUGCGGAGACAGUCGACUCCCUGCCUCCUGGUGCUGCUCCCGGUGGCGGUGUCAGUCUCACUGGUGCCGUUGACGGUGACGGAGAGCUGUCCAAGGCGGCGCUGAAGAACAAGAAGAAGCGCGAGGCCAAGAAGGCUCGUGAGGCCGCCGACAAGGCUGCUGGUCUCGCUGCUGAUGGGAUUAAUGCUCCCACCGGCCCCGCGAGCGCUGGUCGUAGCCCGGAACGUCGUAAUGGCCCACAGCAGCGCAGCCGCAGCAAGACUGGAAACGGCGGAUAUGGAGGACGAAGCGCUAGCCAGCACCGCAACUUUGGCAACAGCCCCAGCCGUCACCCUGGCCAGGAAGGAAACCACAGGCAGAUGAUGGGCCAGCAACACCACCAGCGCCAUGGAUCUGGGCAGGCUCCUCUUCCUCCGAUCCAGACGGAAAAUCAGGGUCCUGCUCCCGACCUCACUGUCACCAGCCCUGGCGAUGGCAACCCGCAAGACAAGAAGAUGCGUGGCCUGCUCAAAAAGAUGCGCGCUAUCGACGAGCUCAAGAUGAGGCAAGCUGGCGGUGAGAAAUUGGAGGAUACGCAGAUUAAGAAGAUUGCAACCGAGGAGCAGAUCAGGAAGGAGCUCAACGCGAUUGGCUUUGCUUGAAUGUGUCAAGAUGUAAGAUGUGGAGGUUGAGAAGCGAGAUUGGAUAUCAAACGUAGAGUAGUAUACAGUGCUACCCAUAACCCAUAAAAUCAUUCUUCGUGUGCG